AUGCAUCUAGUCAAAAGUCCCUGCCUGUUAGCUUGUGCUCUGGUAUAUCUGUUGCCACUGGCCGCCUGUAUAGAACACAUCACCGAACAGCAGUUGGAAUUGCACAAAUAUAGGGUCUCACCCAAGCUGACGGGGCCAGUGAAGUUUGUGCACGAUCCAAAGGAUGUCAUGUUAAACGAACUGGACUCGGCAUUGCAGAAAAUCUCCACUGUCUAUAUACAGGCCCUGUUUUCGGGCACCCAUACGCCAGAGGUGGAGGGACGCAUGCGCAGUCUUGAAAUCGAACUUUUCGAUCUGCUCGAUCAGCUGUACAAGCAGAAUCGGCUGGCCGACUAUAUGAAGUACGAGGCGGAGGUAACGCGACAAAUGAUUAUCUAUAAUAUGCUAAAGAAACUGUUUGGCUAUGCGCCGGAAGAGUUGGAUGAGAAAGUGGAGUAG